AUUUUAAAAAAUAUUCAAGUAAAGCGGAUUCGAAACAAAACGAAGAGGAGUUAAAAUAUGUAGUUCAGUGAGUGCGCUGUAUCAACCCCAUUUACAAACCACCCUGAUCCAGGUGGCGCUGUUUUUUAUAUAUACACUGGGAAAAAUCGAUACGUAUCUGUGAGCAGUGAAAUAAACUUGCAGUUCGCGACUCGUGUGCAUGAGGUAAACACGCAUCUUUUAAUGGCCAUUUUAUUGGAAUGAUAAUUAUUGUGAAGAGAUCAACAUUACCUCAUUUACUGGAUCAUGUACGGUUUUGUAAAUUACGCUUUGGAACUUCUUGUUGUCAAGACAUUUGACAAUGAAACAUGGGAAGCAAUAAAAAAAGAUGCUGCUGUCAACAUGGAAGGACAAUUUCUGGUCCGCCAAAUUUAUGACGAUGAAAUUACGUAUAAUAUCAUUGGAGCAGCAGUCAAACGACUUAAAAUCCCUGCAAAUGAAAUAUUGGAACUUUUUGGACGCAUGUUUUUCGAGUUUUGUCAGGACUCUGGAUAUGACAAAAUACUCCAGGUACUUGGAGCAACGCCAAGAGAUUUUCUACAGAAUUUAGAUGCACUUCAUGACCACCUGGGUACUCUUUACCCUGGCAUGAGAGCUCCUUCAUUUCGUUGCACCGAGAGACCUGAGGAUGGUGCCCUAGUUCUUCACUACUACUCGGAUCGACCUGGUCUAGAAUACAUUGUCAUUGGAAUUGUUAAAACUGUUGCAAAAAAAUUACAUGAUACGGAUAUUGAGAUGCAAAUAUUAAAAACAAAAGAUGAAUGUGAUCAUGUACAAUUUUUAAUAACGGAGACAUCAAUGCCUGGUGUUGAAACUAAACAAAUGGUACCUGAUCUUGAGACACUUUCUGUUGAACCAAAAGUUAGUCCAGCAACAUUUUGUCGAGUAUUUCCAUUUCAUUUAAUGUUUAAUCGUGAUUUAAGAAUUGUACAAACUGGAUGUACAAUAACGAGGGUCAUACCGUCAGUAACAACUGGCAAUUGCAAGCUGAGUGAUAUUCUUUUAACUGUACGACCACAUUUAGAAUUGACAUUUGAAAAUAUUCUCUCUCACAUAAACACAGUUUAUGUUCUUAAAACUAAAAAAGGAGUAAUGCGAGUUGAUGCAACUGAGGAAUUUUCAAAUCUACGUUUAAAAGGACAAAUGCUUUAUAUUCCUGAAUCCGAUUUGGUUAUCUUUUUGUGUUAUCCAAGUGUAAUGAACCUCGAUGAUCUGACAAGACGUGGACUUUAUCUCAGUGAUGUACCACUUCAUGAUGCAACAAGAGAUCUUGUUUUAAUGUCUGAACAAUUUGAAGCUGAUUAUAAGUUAACAAGAAAUCUUGAAUUAUUGACUGAUAAACUUCAGCAAACAUAUCGUGAGCUUGAUGGUGAAAAACAAAAAACAGACAGAUUGCUGUACUCUGUGCUGCCAAUAUCUGUUGCAAGUGAAUUGAGACACUCAAGACCAGUACCAGCUAAAAAAUAUGACUGUGUUACAUUAUUAUUUUCUGGUAUCGUUGGAUUUGGUGCUUAUUGUGCUGCUCAUACAGAUUCAAAUGGUGCCAUGAAAAUAGUCAAUAUGUUAAAUCAACUUUACAUUGCAUUUGACGUUCUCACUGAUCCAAUUAAAAAUCCAAAUGUUUAUAAGGUCGAGACUGUUGGUGACAAGUACAUGGCAGUCAGUGGAUUACCCGAACCAUGUCAUAGCCAUGCUCGUUGCAUUGCCAGACUUGCACUCGACAUGAUGGACCUUGCUGCCGAUGGAGUUCAAAUCGAUGGCGAACCAGUUAAAAUUACAAUUGGCAUUCAUAGUGGAGAAGUUGUAACUGGUGUUAUUGGUCAUCGUAUGCCACGUUACUGUUUAUUUGGUAAUACUGUUAAUUUAACAAGUAGAACUGAAACAACUGGAGUACCUGGAAAAAUUAAUGUUUCUGAGGAUGCCUACAGGUAUUUGUGUUUACCAGAGAAUCAAGAUCCGCAGUUCCUGUUGGAAUACCGUGGGCCCAUCACAAUGAAGGGCAAAUCUGACCCUAUGAAUGUGUGGUUUUUAUCAAGAGAAAGGGAAUUACCAUCUUAAAAAAAAAACAACAUACUUUUUCUUUUAUUUUUAUUUAAUAUUUAAUAUUUUUUUUUUAUUUACUCUUCUCUUCCCACACACAACAAUGGUCCGUUAACUGUACGAUGGAACUUUCACAAUAGCAAUAACGUUAAUAAAAAAAAGUUUACUCUAAAAUUGUAAUCUUUUAAAAAUAAUAAAAUUAAAGAUUAUUUAAAAAAAAAAAAAUAUAUUCGAUAUGUGUAUGAAGGUGGAUGUGAUCAAGCCGAAACUUUUUUAUUUAUUUUUUUUUUUUUCAAUUUCUUUUUAUUAUUUUUCAUGUUAUGAUGAGCGAAAAGACAUAACGGUUUUUUUUGCACGGUACAAUUUGCUUUAGCAAGGUUUUUUUUUUUUUUUUUUUGAAUUCAUUUUAUUUAUUUAUUUAUUUAUUAUUAUUUUUUUUUUUUUGCAAUUUGAUUAUGUAGUUUGGUAUUAAAAGAAAAAAAAAAAAACAAAUUUUUCGAUGCACAUUUACUUAAAUUUCGAUCAUCAAAAAAAAAUUUCCAAAGUGCCGAUAACUUUCAUAAAAUUUAUUUUUAUUAUUAUCGUCAGUUUAAAUUUAUUGUUUAUUGUUAAUUUAUUUCAUAUCAGGUUAUUUAUUUAUUUUUUUUACUUUUUAUUAUUUACUUUUUUUUAAAAAGAUUACAAAUCGAAAAUAAAUAUGAAAAAUAAAAGAAUAAAAAGAAAUCGAUAUGUUAAGAAUUAAAAAAAAAAUUAUUUCGUGCAAAGAUCAGUAAUAAUUUUUAAGUCAAGUUAUUAUAUUUUAGAUAAAAAUUUAUUACCACUACAAUUAAUGUUAAAACGAAAAAAAAA